AGCCUCAAACAGGAAACAGGCUGAUGAUCCUAAAAAGCUCCAAACAGCAGCAGCAGGAGGAGGAGGAGACCCGGACCAGCACGGACUCAAGACCUCCAGCUAACAUUAAAGAUCCAGUCAAAGCCGGACUACAGAGAUGGGGGACAGAACCGGGACCAGAGUCUUUAAGAAGUCCAGCCCAAACUCUAAGCUCACAGUUUAUCUGGGGAAGAGAGACUUUGUGGAUCACUUAGACCAUGUGGAUCCAGUAGACGGAGUGGUGCUCGUUGAUCCGGAGUACCUGAAAGACAGAAAAGUGUUGGUGACUCUGACGUGUGUGUUUCGUUACGGUCGGGAGGACCUGGACGUGCUGGGGCUGUCGUUCAGGAAGGAUCUGUUCGUCCGCACGCUGCAGGUUUUCCCCCCUCUCAAGGAGAACCAGAAAAGUGUGAGCCGUCUGCAGGAGAGGCUGCUGAAGAAGCUGGGAGAGCACGCACACGCUUUCUGCUUCAACGUCCCUCAGAAUCUGCCAUGCUCAGUGACCCUGCAGCCAGGACCAGAGGAUUCUGGGAAAGCGUGUGGCGUGGACUACGAGCUGAGAGCGUUCUGUGGCAAAACUGCAGAGGAGAAGAUCCACCAAAGGAACUCAGUCCACCUGGUGAUCAGGAAGGUCCAGUUCGCUCCGGAGACACCGGGUCCUCAGCCGAUGGUGGAGACGAGCCGCAGCUUCCUGAUGUCGGACAGAUCUCUACACCUGGAGGCCUCUCUGGAUAAAGAGCUGUAUUAUCACGGAGAGCCGAUCAGCGUGAACGUGCAGGUGACCAACAGCUCGUCCAAGACGGUGAAGAGGGUGAAGAUCUCAGUGCGUCAGUUUGCAGAUAUCUGUCUGUUCUCGACGGCUCAGUAUAAAUGUGCGGUGGCUCAGGUUGAAGCAGAAAACCAGGUGUGUCCCAGCUCCACCUCCUGUCAGGUGUACACUCUGACCCCGAGUCUGGGCACCAACAGGGAGAAGAGAGGCCUCGCUUUGGACGGAAAGUUAAAGCACGAAGACACCAACCUGGCCUCCAGCACCAUAGUCAAAGAAGGAGCCAACAAAGAGGCGAUGGGCAUCCUGGUGUCUUACAGAGUCAAAGUCAAACUGGUGGUGUCUCUGGGAGGCGAUGUCUCAGUGGAGCUCCCGUUUGUCCUGAUGCAUCCUAAACCAGCAGACCAGCCCCGCUCACAACCACAGCCAGUCGCUCCUGAAGCUGCGGCUCGAGUGGACAUGAACCUCAUCGAGUUUGAUGUGAAGACCUCCCCUCAGGUGGAAGACUUUGUGUUUGAAGACUUUGCUCGCCUGAGGUUAACGGGGACGAAGGAUGAAGAUGGACCCUUCUGUUAGCUCCUCCUCCAGCGUCUGAGAGGAGGCUUACACUCAACCUCAAAACCAAAGACGAAGAAGAGCGACAGCCUCCUGACCUCCAGGGGGUUAAAGUCUAGUAUUGAGUCCAGGUCAGCAAAUAAUCAGCAGUUAUAUGUGCUGCUUCAAACAGAGGAUGAAAUAUAUUUUUAUAUCUACAACAGGUUGUUGUCUUCAGGUAUCACCAACAGAGGAACCUCUGGCUGUAGCUGCCUCUUUCACAUCUGUAUGAUAUAUGAAAUGAAGAUGUAACGAUGCCUCAAUAUACGAUUACAAAGAGAAA